AUGUCUAUUCCUAGAUUAGAGUUAUGUGCAGCUUCUCUUUUUUCAGACUGUAUUGCAUUCUUUUUGAGUAACAUAACAAAUGUGCGAGUGAGGCGAGUGUUUUGUUGGUCAUAUUCAACUGUAACAUUGUCUUGGAUCCGGUCGUCUCCCCAUCGUUGGAAAACAUUUGUCGCCAAUCGUGUCUCCCAUAUUCAAGAACAGGUUGCUCCGGAAUGUUGGAAUUAUGUAGAUGGUAAAGUGAACCCCGCAGACUGCGCAUCGCGUGGUAUGUUUCCAGAACAGUUUGUCUCACAUUCGAUGUGGUGGGCGGGCCCUCCCUGGCUCGCAGAAUCAAAUUCAUCUUGGCCAAACUGUUUUAGUUCCGAGAUACCUACAGCUGUAACUUUAGAAGAGAAGAAAGUAGUGUAUAUGGCUACGUUUUCUGACAACUUUCUUUCUGGACUUCUUCAGAAAUUUUCGUCAUUAAGUAAAAUUCAACGCAUAAUUUCCUAUUGCCUUCGUUUUGUGAAUAACUUGCGUAAUCAUAAGUGCGAACAACAAGUAGGGUGUUUGAGUUAUGUAGAACUUUAUAAGGCGUUGAUAGUGACUGUGAGAUUUGUGCAAAAUGAGGUCUUUUCUGCUGAUAUUCUUAAACUAAAAGAGAAGGUGCCAUGUUCGAAACCGUUUAGGAAAUUAGCUUCGUUUCUAGACGAGGAUGGAGUCCUCAGGGUGGGCGGUCGUUUAAAACAUGCUAAUUUAGAAUUUGACGUUAAACAUCCUAUGUUGCUUCCUAGGGACCAUCAACUAACUUAUUUAGUUAUUCAAGAAUUUCAUAACAAGAACUUGCAUCCUGGACCUAGAACUCUUGAAUAUUUAAUUUUGCAACAAUUUUGGAUAUUAUCAGCUCGACGAGCUAUUCGUAUUACAGUGGUCGCCAUUGACAGAUUGUUUUUUAUAUUCUUGAAUUAUAUUCAAGGUGUUAUCGAUGCUUCCGAAUUACUCCUUCCAAUUUGA